GAAACGUAUAUGGUACACCCUGAUGAUGUCAUUUCACGUGGAGAUGUGUUCUUGUAGGACGAAAUGAUUACGCCAAGUUAUCAUAAAAUAUAAAGAAUGAUAUGAUAAUUUGAUCACGACGUUAUAAAAGAACACGAUUUGUCGUCGUAAAAUAAAACGACAUAACUACAUAAUAACGUAUUUUGUAAAAACUGGUAUGUUGACUAUGUUCGUUGUUUACGGUAUUAUGACUUGCUAUAGGUCGACAUGCCGGAUUUUACUGUCUUGUCAUUUUCUGUUAUAGACGACAAGUACAGAUCAUGACAACAUAUUCAUGUUCUUAAAAACUGAUAUUAUCACAUUAACAUUUAGUUCCUAUGUCUACUUAUUAAAUUAUGUUGACUUUUGUCUUUAUAAUGAUUUUUCCCCAAUUUCAUCGCGACUUAUGUAUAUAAUUAUGACACGUCGACAUACAUUAUGACACUAUUCGUUGUUGAUGGCGGUUUUUCAACAAUUUAAAAUAGUUUGAAGUCGACAUGAAUAUAUUAUGUAGGCAUCUAUAUGUAAUUUUAGACGACAUUUGAUAUCAAUUACGAUUUCCGUCAAUUUUUGACCUGCAUCUCGUGUCAUGGAUUCCAACACUGGUAAGAUUUCCAAACUUUUUUUUAUUUUGGUUUCCUUUAUAUGCUUUGAACGGAGAUCUCUGUCUUACAACACUAAUAAUAAAGUAUUGAUUAAUUUCCAUCUUUUGAGAGGCCAAAUGUUAGAGUGAAGAAAAAUUCGUCCUUAUCUCACUUGUUUAAAUUGUGCAUGACUGGUCAUGAAUGAAUGAAGUUGAUUAAUUUUAAGUCGCCACCGGGAGUCCCAUUUGGGCGACUAUACACUGGUAAGGAGUCAAAUGGAGGAGCAGCGUAUCGAACUACGACCAUUGGUAUAUUGGCUAUAUGCAUUUUCACGGCGCUUAAACAUUUACUACCACGGUUUUAAAACAUAAAGCAAAUCAACUCUUUCUUUCUUGCAAAACAGGAAAUGGGACAAAAGUAAAUAGCUCUAUAUAAAAGUCAAGCCUGUUACUGGAGGUUACGUACCAUGGAGGAAACAUACCAGGGGGUAUUUUUGGAGGUUUCGUACCACUUAUAUAGUUUAAAAUAUACGUACCAUUGAUAUAUGUUGUCAUCUAAUUUCUAUGAAUUAUAUAUGUACAUGUACAGAAUAAUAAACACAAAUACAUGUAUAUGACUUAACAAUUGCAAUAAAAAAGUAAAUUUAGUAGUAGUGCUUUGAUAUGAUUUUGUAAUUAGUAAUAUUAUAUAACCAGUUACUUAAAAAGCAAAAUCAAAUCAAAGCAAUAAUAAAUCUUAAUGGCAAUAUCUAAGUAUGAUUAUCACACAGUCAAACAAAUAACAUACAAAUUACAAACUAUAAUAUACUAUAAUUAAUCAUUAUAUUAUAAUUGUAAUCUCAUUAUGAAACAAUUUUGCAUUUAUCUCUUUACUUACUUUUUUCUAAACAUGUGGUACAUAACCCCCAAAAACGGUACAUAUGUGGUAUGUUUCCUCCCCAAAUUUCCCAACUGAUUGUUUUUGUACGAGUACUCUCCCUUUUUAAAAAAAACAUCAUUUGCAUUUUCAGAUAUCAUGGACGCGGGAGACACCAACGCUUUAACUGAGGCAUCACUGCCAAAAGAAGAUAAUCCUAACAGACUGAAGGUGGAGGUAACAAGAGCCUUCAAGGUCACCAACAACUCUCGCACUAGAAAAGUGGGAAUAAUGGCAUCCAAUAUGGGUGAACUGGAAAUGAAAUGUCGUCAGAAAUUAAACUUGCAAGGACAGUUGUCAUUUGUACUGGCUGAAGAUGGGACAGAGGUUGACUUUGAUUAUUUACAAAUGAUUCAGACAGAUAGUAUGUUGAUGGUACUGCAUGGAGAGGAACAUUGGGAAGCUUGCAAGCCAGAAAGUGCUACUGUAAAUGUGCCUGAUGAUAAAGAGGAAGAAGUAAUGAAGAUGGUAGAAAAACUAAGAGAGAGCAAAAAUAAAAGAAGAAAAGUUGAUGGCAAAGAGUCGAGGAAAGGGAAGGACCCGAGCCGUGAUAUGAAUAUCCAAGUGGGAUGGCAGAAUUUUUCGUACCGAGAAAAGCGCUACAAACUGGUUAAAGGAACAAGAGAAAGGCCGGAUUCUGGCCCAACACAACUGAAACUUAAAAUCAAUGCCACAUUCGAGCAGAUCGAAAGUACCCUCAAGAACCAUUUCUUCCCUGGCAAAAGAAGCCCGAUUGGGCAUGAAAAAAAGUUUUAUUUCUCUGUUGGCACAUUUAAAGGAGAAGAAAUAAUUAAAUCGCUAACUCUGGGAGAGUUUGUUAAUUCAAAAGAAACAAAGACAAGGAUAUACCUUCUGUCAAAACCGAAAUUUACUGGCAUGACAUGCAUAACUGAUAGCAGCUCGGAUUCGGACUUUGAACUGCCGAUAAUACCUUUUCCAAGAAACAAUUGACAAAGCACACUUACAGAAGGCAGGGACGUGAGAAGUACAGAUAACAAUGAUGGCUUGAAUGUUAUUCAGCUGACAGACAUUGACAUGCCAGGAUCCUCAUCAGAUAUUAAUUUUGACAUACAGGACAUCUCAUCAUCUCAGGAAGUCAAACAAGAAGUUCAGGCAUCACAACCAAGUCACAACCAAGUUCAAUAUGUUGCUGAAACACCUUCUUUGAUCCAAGUCACACAGGAAGUGCAGGCACCAAGUCCAAUCCAAUAUGUUGAUGAAACACCUUCUCGCCAGUUGCAGGUUGGUUCUCAGUCUGAUGUGCUGUCUACAUUUGAACAAGCAGGAACCCCUACUGUGGCCUUAAGAUCCCGACUUUGCAUCGUCUGCUUCGAUCGAGAACCAACAUCAUACUAUUUUCCCUGUGGACACACCUCUUGUCUCCCAUGUGCUUUACACUUGUUUGAAAAUACCACUGCAAAGAAGUGCCCAACAUGCCGGCAGACAAUAAACUCCAUAAGAAACAUCUACAAUGACAUUUAAAGAAUUACUAUGUGCCAUUGACAGUUGUCUAAAAUUGUUAUAUUCUUUUUAUAUUUUUACUUCCACCUGAGCACAAAAUACUGACAGGGUGAGCUAUAUUGUGGGCCUGUGUCUGUCGUCUUUCCUGCAUAUGUGCAUUAGUCAACCAUCAACAAUUUCUUCAUUUGAUUACAUAUUGUCACGUCCAAUUUGGUAUCAGAUGGUAUUAGUUACAAUUUGUAACAGCACUUGUAAUUUCAAGAAGCAUCCUCAUGAUUAGUUUAGUUAUUUUAGAAAUACAAAAAAUGUGCUAUUUUUCUUAGUUUUUAAUUUUUACUAAACAAAUGAUUUUAUUGUUAGCUUUUAAAGAUUUAAAGUUACUGAAUAUUGUGUUCUUUUAUAAUUCAAUCAUGCUCAACCACCUGCACAAGGCAUGUGCAAUGUUUUUUAUGUUUCAGAUUUUAUAGUUAUUCUGUAGUAGUGCUAUGUCUUAUUAAUUGUUUGCUUUGUAAUAGUUAAAAUGACUAUUGUGUAGUUAUUGUGUCACAAGAAACAGUUGUUAAAAUAUUGUAUUAUUUGGAUGUUUAUCGUUGCAUCAGACUUGAUUCUUCCAGUCAGCAAAAUUACAGACUUCGAAACAUCUUUAUCAUUUAAUAUACAUCUUUAAAACUCUAAAUUGUAAGGUGUUACUAACGCUUUAUGGUCAAAAUUAGUCUAAUUUUAACUUUUUUCGAUUUUUACUGCUUUUUUCUUGAUACUUGAUUAUGAAUUCAGCUCUGAAUGUCAUAAAAUUUAAGAAAAUUCUUAGAAAAGGGAAUAUAAAAAUUUAUUUACGCAAAUCUAGGUCAUAGGUUUUUCUUAUAUGUAUAUAAUAAACCCUUAAUAAAAAUAAAAUAAAUACUUCUUCUCUGAAUUGGCAAAGGUUACAGGUUAUAGAUAUUUGGCAUGACCUCUACCAAGAUUGUUCAAAUAAUGGCCCUUGGGUCAAAAUUAAAAGUAAAUGAUAUAUUUGGUAUAUGAUAUCCAUAGGUCCUCUACCAAAGUUUUACAAAUGUAUAUUUAUUUAUCUUUUAAAAUGGGCUUUCUUUUUUAAAUUAUAGAUAAUUAAUUUCAAUCUUUUUGCUAUCAAACGACUGUGGUAUUAGACAAAACUAGUGUCAAUGGAUCAAUCAACAUUGUUAAAAUUUUGGCACUCAUUUAAUGUUAGUCCUCUACUUGAGAGUCCUCAAUUCCCAGAAAAAUAUUUAAAACAUUUAUUAAAACACAAGGAAGUGCAUUUAUCUAGUCAUCAGGUGAGUGCUUUGGGAGGGACCUAUGGCCCCCAUUGUUCAUACUUAAUUUUGGCUCAAAGCAUAUGACCUGUAUGAUGAAAGAACACGUUGAAACUUUAUAGGAAGAUGUAACACUAAUUUAGAGGUACAGUUUAGUUGAAGUUUUACUCAAUAUUUGUGUUUUUUGCUAUGUAAAUAGUCUAUCUUUGACAUAACUGUCAAAUUUAGCCACCAGCACAAAACAUGUGCUUUUGCUUUAGUUUGUGGCUUUCAGAAGUUGAAAUUUAUUUGUACUGUUAAGGAGACAGCUGUCUAUAAUUUAAACGGAUUACACCACUUGUUUUUAUUGUACCUAGGAAAGGUUUACAUGACAUUGUUUUUUUUAUUUUUCCUCUUCUGUUUUCCUUAUUUUACCUUGUGAUGUAUAAAUAAAACCAGAUUACCUGA